ACUAGCAAGUGCUGCGCCGCCGGCCUAUAGUGUUCCAUUUCCCUAGUUCCCUCAACUGUAAUCAGCUGAUUCCGGCUAGACGUUCAACAAAUAAAUUGUACUGUGUCAAUUGUGAUCUUUAUCGGACUUGUUGUGUUGUGUGCUGUCAAAUGCAUAUGUUUUUAUUUUGAUGCCAGUUUCUGUCUUUGGUUUUAUAACACAUCAAGUGGACAGAAAGUGUGUGCAAUAAAUGUGAAAUGUGAUGCUCUAGACUUCAAAAGUUAACAGAAACAAACAGUAUUAGUGCAUAAGAUUGGAUAAAUAAAAUUAAACAAUGACUGAAAUUAAAAGUCCAAGCAGUUUAAAGAAAACUCCUCCUGCUAUGGAUCAGAUAACAAACAACAAUUAUCACUUCAUGGGUCAUCACUUCCCAAAACGGCCAGCACUUGAUCUCACAUUCAAGGAUAUAACAUAUGCAACGAGGUCUUGGACAAAAUUUAGGAUAGCACAGAAACAGAUCCUGCAUGGAGUGAGUGGGGAGUUCCGAUCAGGUGAGCUGACUGCUAUUAUGGGGCCCUCGGGGGCAGGCAAGAGCACCUUACUGAACAUUCUGGCUGGCUUUACGGUGAAGGGGUGUGGAGGAUCUGUGAUGGUAAAUGGGCAGGACAGGAAGGAUGCCAGUCUGAAACAUUACUUAAGGGUGUCAUGCUAUAUCCAGCAGAAUGACGAACUCAGGCCUCUCCUCACUGUGGAGGAGGCUAUGAUGAUGGCUGCACAUCUCAAGUUGGGCUACAGCAUAUCUAGUGUUGCCAAAAGAAUGCAGAUCAUGGACUUGCUCUCAAUGCUGGGAUUGUCCAAUCAGAAGAAGACCAUCACCGGCAGAUUGUCUGGAGGUCAGAAGAGAAGACUGUCCAUAGCGUUAGAGCUCAUAACUAACCCACCACUUAUAUUCCUGGAUGAACCUACCACAGGGCUAGACAGUUCCUCAACAUCGUCGUGUGUCCAACUGCUCAAAGACUUGGCACGGGAGGGCCGCACCGUCGUCUGCACUAUCCACCAGCCUAGUGCCCUUGUGUUCGAGAAGUUCGACAACCUCUAUGCGGUGGCGGGUGGCCACUGUAUAUACCACGGGACGGUGCCCAACGUCGUCCCGCACUUUGCUGCUCUUGGCCUGGUCUGUCCUCGCAGCCACAAUCCUGCCGACUUCUUGAUAGAAGUAGCAGUGGGGGAGUACGGGUGUGACACCAUGACACUGGCCAAGGCUGCCAGCCAGAACCAGAGACCACUAGUCCCACACUCGGAGCACGAGGAGUCCACAGUAGACAAUGGUGUACCGCUGCGGGUGAUAAAAUCGUCUAAGCGCACUGCUGCAGAGAUGAUAGAGUUCAGUUCGUGUCAGCCCAAACCUGCACCUUUGUGGGCACAAAGUUACCAUCUCUACUCCAGGAACAUUAUCAUCCUUAGGAGAAGUCUAGGUUCAUUUGCAUUGAGGUUUGUGAUCCACAUACUGAUCGCCCUCUUGUUUGGCUACCUCUACCGCGAUGUUGGAAACAACGCUAACACACUGAUGGCCAACUACAUCUUUGUCUAUGGCAGUAACCUGUUCCUUCACUACACAGGCCAGAUGUCUGUUCUUCUUGCCUUUCCCCUGGAGUUCAAGAUCUUGAUGAGGGAAUACUUCAACAGAUGGUACUCCCUGGCACCAUACUGUCUCUCUGUGGUCCUCAUUGAGAUACCUUUCCAGUUGCUGUGUGACUGCGGAUAUCUGGUACCAGCCUACUACAUGACAGGACAGCCUCUGGAGCUGAUGAGGUUUGGGUACUUUGUGCUGUUCCACACAGCGAUAUCUUUGACUGCUCAAGGCUACGGCUUCAUGAUAGGAUCCACUCUGCCUGUUGGGAUUGCAGUAUUUCUUGGGCCUGUGAUGACCGUGUUCUUGUCAAUAUUCGGGUUCACCAGCCGCUACUCGGAUAUUCCCACCCACUUUCGAAGCAUGUACCAUCUGUCGUACUUCCGGGCUUCGUUCCAAGGUUCUUUCUACUCCCUGUACGGAUUCAACAGGACCACGCUGAUCUGUGACGAGUUCUAUUGUCACUACAAGAACCCUACCAAGUUCCUGAAGGAGAUGGGCUUCAACAACGUGAACAUCGAAUUCGACAUCAAGUACAUUCUCUUCUGUGGUGUUGUAUUCUAUAUUCUCACGAUAUUCUCUGUAUGGUUCAAGCUGAACAAACGGUGAGCCACGGUGGAAAUGUGCAAUCCCAUGUCAGUAUUGUUAGAAGCUUUAUUUGUUUAAAUUAGUACUGUUCAGUUAGUUUCAAUGGUGUAAGAUACUGUUUAAUAGUGAUUGAAUUUAGUUUAAACUUAGCAAUUCACAGGAAUGUUUCAGUUGAAAACUUCAAAUUCACAACAAAUAAGAGAUUUAGAUUAAAUUAGUAUUUUACAUAGGAAAAUUGAACUGAUUGAUUAAUGUCUUCACCCUGUUUGCAAAAAAACUAACAAUACAAAAUAGAUCUUUCGUUUUCCUCAUAUUUUAAAUGAUCACUUUAAAAUUAAUGUAACUUUUGAUCUGUAACUAAAAAAACAAUUUCUUGAAACUGAUCUUGAUCAUGUUUACGAUUCUAGGUAAACAACUUACACCGGUGUAGUAUUAAUGUUUGCACAUAAUGUAUAAUUCUAAAAGUUAUAUCUAUAGGUUUCAUAAAACAUGUAUGUUUCAAGAUGUGUUUUACAAUGAUGGAUUCACUUUGUUACAUCUUUAAGAAAAGAUCUUCAGUACAUAUCGCGAUUGUACUUAGUACAUUGAUUAAUGGUGUUUAUAAAUCAAAACAUUGUAUACUUAAUCAAAAGCCCAAGUUCCUUUCCUGUAGUGUGUAAGAUUAAGUUCACGUGUAGUUUGUUUAUUCUGACAUAAAUAAGCAAAUAUUUUAUU